AUGAAAAGAGCAAAGACUGCGAAAGAGGGUGGAUGGCCAGGAAUUACGUUCUACACCGCGCUUUCCAAAAGCUCUGUGGACUAUGAGACGUUUAGGAAGUGUGCGGAGAGGAGAAUAGAGAUGCUGAGGUGUGAGGAGGGGGACGGCAUCAUUUCUAAAUGCCUUAGUACAAGCAUAGAAGAAGAUAUUCUCUCCCACUUCUUCUGCAGGGUGGUGUGUUCCCAAGAUGCAUGGAAUGCUGUCUGGUUUGUGAAUGCAGAGGUGAAUCUGCUCCGACUGCGAAUAUCUAAGAAUCCGGGUGGUGCAAGAGCGUUUUUUCUGAGUGAGGUACUGCCCCACAUGGAUGGGGCAAGGACCCAAGACGGCGUCCUGGUGCUAGGAAUGAGAAGUAGAUACAACCCAGAUGUCGUUGCUAGUGCAGCGUCUUCAGAGGUCCUUGUUCACUUCACGAAGGUCAUUGACCUGAUUGGAAAAAGGGCGGUUGUGCCUGAAGGAGGAUACCUCAGGCUGAAUGACGAGGGCAUUGGAUCGCUACUUGUCAGCGAAUUUAGAAGAUAUCUGAGCAAUAGGAUGGAUGAGCUAGUGGAGAUUUCUUCUAACGAGCCCGAUGAAAGAAUGAGAGUCCUUUCCACAAGCUUGCUGGCGAAUCCAACAGGAUACGAGAGAGGUACUAACUUUUCGUUGGAGAGUUCGGAGAGAUACUUUCCACCAUGCAUGCAGGACAUAAUGGAAAGGCUGAGAAAGAAUAAGCAUCUCAAGUACAAUGACAGGCAGACGCUAUGUCUUUUCCUUAAGGACUGUGGGAUGAGUGUUGAGGAUGGGAUAGCAUUUUUCCGAGGUUCGUUCAAGGCUCCCCGGGAGGUUUUCGACAAGGAGUACCUGUAUUCCAUUAGACACAACUAUGGCCUUGAGGGAAAGAGGGCAAACUACUCCUGCUUUAGUUGCUCAAAGAUAGCAAACAUGACGAAUGAGGAGAGAAGGAGCAGCUGUCCCUUUGUUGGGGACCCGGAGCAUAUAAGAGAGCGAAUUAAGGAUGUGGGGGCCGACAUUGAGGAUAUUAUGGGGGAAGGCCCAUUUAAUGGAAAGUGCACCAGGCUUCUCGAAAAGCUAACGUGCAGGAAGCAAUCGAGGCUGGUUGCAACACCUGUUAGAUACUAUCUCGAGUGCAAGGAUCCUGAGAGAAAUGGUGGGGAAAUUUGA